GUCACUUCCUUUUGUGUGCGUCUGCGAGGCUGCUGUACUGUCUGGCUUGGGACGGAGGGUUUCCACGCUUAGCGGGCGACUAACCACAUUAAACCCAUAAAGGGGCGCUUUUAUCCUUCCGGGAUUUGUAAAUUAUUUGUCGUCGCGUACAGCACAACUAUCCAUCAAGUUGGAGCUCGGUGGACUUUAUUCCCUCGCUGGCUCGCUUACGCUUCAGUGAGCCACUGCAGCAGCAACAGACCAAGCACGCCGCCACCGCCGCUGUUGUUGUGAGAGAAGAAAACAAGCUCGGCGAGCAGUCCGCUAAGCUGUGUGAUCAUUGACAGAGUUCAAUACACACAAGCCUCAAGUGAUAACUGGUGCGAGCUGUGUGUAGCGAACCUCGGAGCCUCUCUGAGAGCCGACAGCUGGGUAUAUAUCGUCGCUGAAGUAGAGGUUUUACAGUUUUAAGUUUUUUUGUUUUGUUUUUUGUUUUUUUUAAAUCUGAGCCACUGUUGGGCACUUGACCAAUAGGAACAGUUUGCACAAUUUCCACAAGCUUGUCUGCAGCCCCCUCCCAACCCAGAGAGUCUUCUGCCCCAGCAUGAAUGAAGUCACUGUUGUGAGAGAGGGAUGGCUCCACAAGAGAGGUGAAUACAUCAAAACAUGGCGGCCCCGCUACUUCAUCUUAAAGAGCGAUGGCUCCUUUAUUGGUUACAAAGAGAAGCCUGAGGUGUCCAGUGACCACAGCCUCCCACCGCUCAACAACUUCUCUGUCGCAGAAUGCCAGCUCAUGAAGACAGAGCGCCCUAAGCCCAACACGUUUGUCAUUCGCUGCCUGCAAUGGACCUCUGUGAUUGAGCGUACCUUCCACGUAGACAGCAAUGAGGAGAGGAAAGAAUGGAUGCGAUCGAUCCAGGCAGUGGCAAAUAGCCUGAAGAGUCAGCAGCAGGAUGAGGAACCCAUGGAGAUCAAAUUUGGCUCACCAAGUGACAUCAGCGGCACAGAGGAGAUGGAGAUUGCUGUGUCCAAAUCCCGCACAAAAGUGACCAUGAGUGAUUUUGACUACCUGAAACUGCUGGGGAAAGGGACAUUUGGUAAAGUGAUUCUGGUGAAGGAGAAGGCCACAGGGAUGUACUACGCCAUGAAAAUCCUCCGGAAAGAAGUCAUCAUUGCAAAAGAUGAGGUGGCACACACAGUUACAGAAAGCAGAGUUCUCCAAAAUACGCGGCAUCCCUUUCUAACGACACUAAAAUAUGCAUUUCAAACGCACGACCGGCUAUGCUUUGUGAUGGAGUAUGCAAAUGGAGGAGAACUAUUCUUUCACUUAUCACGGGACAGAGUGUUCACGGAAGACAGAGCAAGAUUCUAUGGUGCAGAAAUUGUGUCAGCACUGGAAUACCUUCACUCUCGCAAUGUAGUUUACAGGGAUUUAAAGCUGGAGAACCUCAUGUUAGACAAGGACGGCCACAUAAAGAUAACAGACUUUGGGCUGUGUAAAGAAGGCAUCACAGACGGCGCCACCAUGAAAACCUUCUGUGGAACCCCGGAGUACCUGGCACCUGAGGUGCUAGAGGACAACGACUAUGGACGGGCAGUGGACUGGUGGGGACUGGGAGUGGUGAUGUAUGAGAUGAUGUGUGGUCGGUUGCCUUUCUACAACCAGGACCAUGAGCGUCUUUUUGAGCUUAUUCUCAUGGAGGAGAUCCGCUUCCCCAAGAACCUGGCUCCUGAAGCCAAGGCCCUGCUGGCAGGUCUGCUCAAAAAGGACCCCAAACAAAGGCUCGGAGGUGGACCAGAUGAUGCCAAAGAUGUGAUGAACCACAAGUUCUUCACCUCCAUCAACUGGCAAGAUGUUAUUGACAAAAAGCUUGUUCCACCCUUCAAGCCACAGGUCACAUCGGAGACGGACACGCGUUACUUCGAUGACGAGUUCACAGCACAAACCAUAACAAUAACUCCCCCUGACAAGUAUGACAGCUUAGAUCCAGAGGAUUCAGAUCAGCGUACACACUUCCCUCAGUUCUCCUACUCUGCCAGCAUACGGGAAUGAUCACUCAGACUCUUGAACAUGCAGGCAGGCUUACGCACGAUCACAAUCCCACAUACACACUUGCACUGCUGGGGAGUUGGAAUGACGCAAACGACAACUGGCACAAAACACAUUUUCAUUCGGUCUUUAACGCACAUACUCUCACACACGCAAACACACACACACACACACACACACACACACACAUACUGGCAAAUCAGAGAAGAUGCGAUCAUAGAAUAUGGAUUGAACACACAGGCCGUGAAUGACUGACCUCAGCAGGUUUGUGUGGAUAGACCGGCAGCUUUGUCUCUCUAUGUCCUCUCAGGGUCGGCUUCAGGCUUUCCCUGCAGGACCUCUGCUGCACUACACUGGGUACCACAUCAAAGCCUUUGACACUUUGAAAACCAGGUUAUGCCAGCAAGUACCACCUCUUUACCAGCUGUACCCAUGCUACACACACACGCAAAGACUGCAUAUAUAUACACACAAACGUACUUGAUAGAAUUAAAAGAAUUAUAAUCGAAAUUAGGAAAUGGAAAAGAUUUGGGGAAAAAGACACAUUUUUAUUUCAUCAAUUGUUGCGGUUUUAAAUGUAAAGCCAUAUUUCUGCAUAUUUUGUGAUUUACUUUUUCAUUUUUUUUAACAAGUGCUCUUUCUGGAACUUGCUGUUACAAAUCAAGUGUGAAACUGUUCUUACAGUGGGGGGAAAUGGGGCAGAGAAGAGGGGAGGAGGGUUGCCAUUUCUGCGUUUGCACUGCACCUGUAUAAGCGAAUGGACGCGUCAGUGUAUGUGUGUGUACGUGUGUGUGAGGGAGAAUGUCUGAACAACCAUUUUUGAUUCUCAACCAUCCAUUUUUGAUUCUAAACCAUCCAUUUUUGAUUCUCAACCAUCCAUUUGUGUCUGUUUUGUGCAUGUUUUUUAAACUGAACUAUUGCUGGAACAUCGAAGAGAGGACACUACUCGGCACACUCUAUGGCCUUUCUAAAAGGGAACAAGCAGAACAAGCAUGUCAUUUAUGAUUGCUCUGACCAGCUCAGCGCUAAAUUGACUCAGUCAGGAAAAGAAACUCUUGCAUGACUAACCUUUGCUUUGAAAGUUGCUUAAUUUAACUCAAAGUGUUGCAGCAGUCAGGUUCUGAAAGUCCACGUCACUGUGUCCAGACUGACUUAUCGACCAACCAGCUUCUGGUUGGAGCUGUACAUUUCAUUAAGGCCAGUUGUGUGUUACGUGUUAGAGACCGUAAAAAUAGAAGGAAAGAGGAGAAUAGAGACUAGGUGCUUGACCACAGUUGUUCCCCGAUCUGUGUAGAGACCGAUGUAGAUGAACACAGCCAUCCACUGUCCUCAAUACAGUAAUUCUCACAUUCUAGCUGAAGAGUUGGGCACCGAUCUUUUGUUCAUUUGUAAUAGCAGUGUAAGUUUUAAAAUAUUUUUUAAAAUAAGCCUUUGAGUGUUCCCGUAUUUAAAGAAAGAGCGUUCAAAUGAUGUUAAGUAUUUCAUAAUGAGGCCAAAAAUCGACUGACUUGGUGGACAUUUAUCACUUCAAAUGAUUCCACAUUUGAUGUUUAGAACCUUUGGUUUUUAUUUUCUUUAAUGCUGUGUCAAGGCACUUAAAUCUACGUAGUUGUAUGUCUGGAGCAAAAGUCUGCAGGUUUACAAUCCAACUAAACUGUGCAUGAGCUGGUAGACCAACCUUCAACCUGCUGCGGACAGGAGGAACUAAUCAAAACAUCAGCUCAUGUAUUGUCAAGUCUAAACGUAAAUCUGCUGAUUGGGUUAUGACGGCACAUGAUUGAGAGACGUUCUGGACAGCAUAUAGAAAAGUGCUCGUGUUGAUACCAGCAUGUUAUAUUACCCAUUGCUGGAAGAGAUGUUGGUUGCUCUUCGAGCUUCACUAAAGGAACAUCAAGAUCUUUUUUUUUUUUUUUGUUUGUCAUUGUUUUUGUUGAUUUUACUUCUUUUUGUGUCCAUCUAUUUCUAUGAUUUUGGAAGACGGAUUGUCUUGUUUAAGUAUACAUUAUAUAAAAUAUAUAUAUUAAAGUUUUUAAAUGGC